GCAGAGAACAUAGAAAAGAGGAUUUAUGUAUGUAAUGAGUGCAAGAAAGCUUUUUUUCAUAGCUCAGCCCUAAAAGUCUAUCAGAGAAUUCACACAGGAGAGAAGCCUUAUCAAUGUAACAAGUGUGGGAAAUCCUUCUAUGCAAAAUCAAACUUCAGUCAUCUUCAGAGAACUCACACAGGGGAGAAACCAUAUGAAUGUAGAGAUUGUGGGAAAUCCUUCUGUGUGAAAUCAAACCUAACUAAACAUCAGAAAACACAUACAGGGGAGAAACCUUUCAAAUGUAAUGAAUGUGGGAAAACUUUCUUACGAAAGUCACAAUUUGCUGACUAUCAGAGAACACACACAGGGGAGAAAUCCUAUGAAUGUAACGAAUGUGGAAAAUCCUUCUACUAUAAGUCAGCUCUACACAUACUUCAAGGGAAGUAUACAGAAGAGAAACCUUAUAAAUGUACUGAGUGUGGGAAAUCCUUCUGCUAUAAGUCAGCCCUAAUUAUACAUCAGUUAUCUCAUACAGGGAAGAAACCCUGUGAUUGUAAUGAAUGUAAAAAAACCUUCUGUGUGAAGUCAAAUCUCACUAAACAUCAGAAAAUUCACACUGGUUUGAAACCAUAUGAAUGUAAUGAGUGUGGCAGAUCCUUCUUUAUGAAUUCAGUCCUCAUUGUACAUCAAAGAAUUCACACGAAGGAGAAACCCUACAGAUGCAAUGAAUGUGAGAAGUCCUACAAAAAGUCAGCCCUCACUAAACAUCAGAAAAUUCACACGGGAGAAACCACAUGAAUGUAAUGAAUGUGAGAAAGGCUUUCAUAUGAAAUCAACCUUAAUUAUACACCAGGGAACUCACACUGGAGAGAAACCCUUUAAAUGUAAUGAUGUGAAAAGUCACUCUAUGUGAAGUCACUUCUCAGUAUUCAUCAGAGAAAUCACAUGG